AUGUCUGACAUUUUUGUCGUUCUGGACAACCCCGUCUCCCUCACCCCCGUGGCGACGCCACGCGUGCUCACCGUGGCUGGGUCAGACCCAAGCGGAGGCGCAGGCAUCGAGGCCGAUCUCAAGACAAUAACCAGUUAUGGGUGUUAUGGCCUGACGUGCAUCGACGUGCUCACCGUGCAGAACACCUUGGGUGUUUCUGGCAAGCUGGAGACGGCAGCGGCGGUUGUGCAAGGCAUUCUAGACGCUGAUUUCGCCGACGGUGGAGUUGAUUGCGUCAAGAUCGGAGUUAUUACCAGACCGGUGCUCACCGCGCUAGUGCCCUUUCUGGAGACCUUCCGGCCGCCAUUGGUGGUCGACACAGUUAUAAGUUCAACCUCCGGCUUCACGCUGGCGAAGCAGACACUCGUGAGGGACUGCAUUGCGCGGCUGUACCGCUAUGCCACCGUUAUCACGCCGAACUGGGACGAAGCGAAAAUUAUAUACAGUCUGCUGUUCCCGGACAGCGAUGUGGGGGAACCCUCAAUAGCCGGAUGCGAGGAUCUGGCACGCAAGCUCGCGAGCGCCGUUGGGUGUCGCGCUGUGCUGGUAAAGGGAGGCCAUGUCCCCGCGCAGGGGGCCGUCACAGAUGUGUUGUACGACCGCGCGUGCGACGAGGUGCGGACUUGCGUGCGGCCUGGACCUGCGCACGGCCGUGGAAAAGGCCACAGUGUACGUCCACGACGCGAUCAGGCUCGCCGACUCGACGAUCGGCGCUGGCAACGGUCCGCUAAAUCAUGUCUAUAG